UUCUGUUUCCCUCAAACUCACAUUUUCUUCCUUCCUUUCUUAUUGGUAGCUUUUUCUCAUUUUUCUGCAACUUUCUCUUUCAAUGACAAAAAACAAAUAAAAGUGCACCGAAACCAACACCCCCAAACUGGCAAGUGCAAAGUCAGGCGUCAACCAAUCCCAUUCUCUUCUUCUCUUUCUGUUUCUUGAACCCUAAUAAUCAGUGAAGUUUCUCUCUUUUUCUAUGUUCUUGUGUUUGGAUCUGAAAAAAAAUUUGUCUAAAUGCUUUCUCUUUCCUUUAACUAGGGUUUUGUAUCAGAUUCCCCUCUAAAUUUGGCAAAACGCCGCCACUAUCACACUCUCUCUCUCUCUUGCUUUUUUGUGGUUAAUUAAUUAUACCCAUUUCUGUUUCUGCUCUUAGUAUGCUGGUUUAUUCCCUGCGCGAUAAGUUAAGAGGAGGAAGGUUUAGUUUUCUUUCGUUUUUUCUUUUUUUUGUUUCUGGGUCCUUUUAUUUUCUUUCUUGUUUUAGCUAAACAAAAGGAAAAUAUGGCGAGAGAGAAGAUUCAGAUCAAGAAGAUCCAUAACGCUACCGCUAGACAAGUCACGUUUUCCAAACGCAGAAGAGGCCUUUUUAAGAAAGCUGAAGAGCUUUCUGUUCUUUGCGACGCUGAUGUUGCUCUUAUUAUCUUUUCCGCUACUGGCAAGAUGUUUGAUUAUUGCAGCUCCAGCAUGAAGGAAUUACUAGAAAGGCAUAACUUGCAUUCAAAGAAUCUUGAGAAGCUGGAACAACCAUCUCUUGAGUUGCAGCUAGUAGAGAACACUAAUCACUCCAGGUUGAGCAAGGAGAUUACAGAGAAAAGCCAUCAACUGAGGCAAAUGAGGGGAGAAGAGCUUCAAGGAUUAAAUAUAGAAGAGUUGCAGCGGCUAGAGAAGUCUCUUGAAGCUGGACUAAGUCGUGUUAUAGAAAAGAAGGGAGAAAAAAUAAUGAAAGAAAUUGACGAACUUCAGAGAAAGGGAAUGCAAUUAAUGGAAGAGAACGAGCGACUAAGACAGCAAGUCGUGGAGAUGUCUAAUGGCGGAAAGCAGACUGCUGCAGAUUCAGAAAUUGUAGUUUAUGAAGAAGGGCAGUCAUCAGAGUCGGUGACCAAUGUCUGCAACUCGAAUGGUGCACCACACGACUAUGAAAGCUCUGAUACGUCCCUCAAGUUGGGGUUGCCAUACUCUGGAUAAAUGGGGAGAGCUGGAAGGAGAAUGUUUUAGCAUCCAAUGAGUGCAAAACCAUGGUUUGAAGUUGGAAGUGACUGACUCUGUUUGUAUAAUUUGUUUAACUUUAACCCAGUGCUGCCUUGCAAUCCAUGAAUCCAUUUAAGUACUUGUAUACUUUGUUAUUG